CUCGGCGAAAAAAACAACACAAAAACAUUACUUUCUCCUUUUGAUUGGCUGCAGGUUCUGUCCCUUCAACAAAUGAAAACAAUAGGUCGCCCUGAAGUUGAUCUAAGUGCACUGUCAUGUAGAAUAACUUGUCUUAAGUUGGAGAUAGGUAGCUGUUAUUUUAAGUAAGAAGCAUGUGGAGUUUUGAGGGUGAUUAUCGACGUAAGCCUCAGCAGAGGUUAGGAGGUGCAAGUAAAGCUCGUAAUAUUGAACGCUCAGACUUGCUUCAUCAACUGAAAUCAGACAGAGAGGAGAGGGAGGUUAGUGAACCAAAAGGCUUUGCUGUGUUAACUAUUCAGUCAUGGACACGUGGUAUGAUCAGCCGACGGCAGACUAAACAGAAGUUGCGUCUUCAGUGCGAUAUUGUACUUGCAGAAGCAAAAUCACAGGGUAUUUCAGAAGCAGCAGCAUCAAAGUUGAUUGCAUUGUUGAUUCGCAUAUUUAAUCCUGUAGAAGACUGUGAGAGAUUGCUCCUCACAUGUCAGAUGGUGGUGCGGGAAAAUCGUAUUUUAUCAGCUUGGGUUUGUUCUUCGUUAAAUCAGUGGAUGUAUUUGCUUCCAAGGCUUGUGAAUAUGUCUAUGGAUGUUAUCACACAUUCUACCAAUGGUAAUACUUUUAUGCCCCCUCCCCUGAGGUUAUUAGAAAUCAUGACUUCCACUGAAAGUUGGGAUACAAAAUUGUCUACAAGUGAUCAGCAACUGUUUUUAACAGCAUUAUAUUCCUAUAUGAUUGCCAGAGGUUACCAUAAACAGAUUGUGCAACUCAUCCUCUCUCGUGUACCUGAUGUUUAUGAAACAGUUGAUGUGGCUCCAACACCCUUAGCAGAUUCCCUUUUGAAGCUCUUGCUGAAGCCCAUCCAUUUUGCUUCCUUAACAGCAAAUUCAACGUUGAUGUCAUGUGUUAUUGAGGGAUUCUGUCGAGAGGUGUUUGGGAAAGCAGCACAUACUCAAAUCCGUAAUUUUGUCAUACCCUGCGUGGCAAAUGAAUCCAGUGUGAUGAUACCUGUCGACCGAAUCUUUGCAUUUCUUGGAAAUCCUAAUAAUUCUCUGAUACAAAAUUUCCUAAAAGUUUCUCCAGCUCCGUCACUCUUAUAUUCACUUCUCAUGAUUGUUCAUACUAAUGUUGAAUUUCCCAAUGCAAAUGCCCUGUGUAAUUACUUGCGAACUGUGAGCGAGUUGUUGGGUGAAACAACUGGUUAUCUGGUUAAUGAAGUUAAUGAAGUUGACUCUGAUGAUGAAGAUGCAAUGGAAUCUUCAAUCCCAGUUGACCCAGUUUUAAGAAAGAUGGCAGAGGAAUGUGUUUCCAUAGUAAAUAACACAGAGCAUGUUGGCUGGCUACUAAAUAAUGUUGAACGACAAGUCUGUCCAGAAGUUUUACUGCAGUUUGCCAAACUUACACAUCAUCUUUUAACAGCACCUUCAUUCCAGCUUCAUCAAUGUCGGCUACUGUACAGUGUUGUUGCAAGACGUCAUUUACUUCGAUCUAUGUGGACGGUAUUGUCUAGCUUGCACCAAGGUGCACCUCUAGUAGGUCAUAUAAACAAUUCAUCCUCUGCCUUUAAUAAUCGAGGGUCACCUUUGCUUCAGGUAUUGGCACGUGGUUCUCCACUUGCACCUAUAGAAAGAGACACCUUAGUUCCUUUACUUGCUACAUUUUGUGCGACACUGACUGCUGUUUUGUCUACUGUACAUGACUCAGAGUUUCUGGGUGAUCAAGAUGAAACUGGUGAAGUCCAUGUUCCUGCAAAUGCUAUUUCUCACUUUCCAUUUUCUGUGGAUGAGCUUGUGAAGAUGUCGGCUAGUUUGAGAGAUGUUUGCGUAGGAUUGGUAGAUUUAGCUCAUCCAGAUACACGGAUGUCUGCAAUGACUGAUACUUCAUACAAAACUAUGUGGGCUCACUGUUUCAAGGUGUGUGUGGGAGUAGUGCGGCAGAUUCAUUUAAGAGACACAAGGCGAAUGUUCUGUCCAGAAGGACAUUGGUUAAGUUCCCGUGUCUCACUGCCCAUAGGAAACUCUCAGGCAGUGUCGUUUGUUCCCCGUACUACCCGAAGACAGCGAAGAUUAUUCAUGCCACAGAGAUGGCUCACUAGAGAUGAAUUGGAGACUGAAGGACCGCCAUUGUCUAUAACCGAACAACGUCGUGAAACAAUUCUUCAAGAAUUGCCCUUUGUUAUUCCCUUUGAAGCAAGAACUCAAGUAUUUAGUAUGUUAGUUGCUAAUAGCAGAACAGAAAGUCAGUUGAGGGCUGAUUUUAAUGAAGGCCCAAUGAUAAUUUUCUCUGUGAGAAGAACACACAUCUAUGAAGAUGCAUUUGAUAAGUUAUCUCCUGCUAAUGAACCUAAUCUGAGGCUUAGAAUGAGAGUUCGUCUCAUGAAUGCUGUUGGCCUAGAUGAAGUUGGCAUUGAUGGAGGAGGGAUUUUUCGCGAGUUCCUGUCAGUGCUGCUCAAAACUGCAUUUGACCCUACCCGAGGGUUCUUCCUUUUAACCAGAGAAAACACUCUUUAUCCCAACCCAGGAGCUCAUCAUAUAGCUGAGGAUUACCCAGCACAUUACUAUUUUAUUGGUAGAAUGUUAGGAAAGGCUUUGUACGAAAACUUACUAGUAGAGGUCCCUCUAGCCGGCUUUUUUUUGUCCAAGCUUCUCGGUCGUUCAUCAUCGUCUGUCGAAUUUCAUCAUCUAGACUCCUUGGAUCCAGAACUUUGUAAAAAUUUGCUGUACUUGAAGACUUACAGUGGAGAUGUUCAAGACCUUGGGCUUGAUUUUACAGUUUUGAAUUCAGAUCUUGGGCAAAAUACUGUAGAAGAAUUAAUUCCUAAUGGUUCAAAUAUAGCAGUAACCAAUGAAAACAGGAUUGAGUAUAUCUACAGAAUGGCAGAUUACAAGCUGAAUAAACAGAUUGCUAAACAGAUUCAAGCAUUCAAGAAAGGUGUAUGUGAUGUGGUGCAGUCUGAAUGGUUACAAAUGUUUGAUUGGCGAGAACUUCAGAUGCUCAUAUCUGGUGCUUCAGUUCCAAUUGACAUAGGAGAUCUGAUGGACAACACUCG